AUGGCCACCAACGAGACCCCAAACGGCACCUCCCAACCCCUGGCAGAGCCACUCAUCACAGGCCUGCACCACAUCAACCUGACAAUCCCCCACGGGACCCUCGGCCAGGCCAAGUCCUUCUACGCCGCCACCCUGGGCCUGACCUCCCGCCCCGUGCCCGCCGCGCAGGCCCACGAGCUGGCCUGGUUCGACAUCGGCGCCUCGGGCCAGCAGGUGCACAUCUCGCUGCCGAAGCACGACCGCGACUCGAUCCCCGGCGACGCCUCGCGCCACCCCUGCUUCCGCGUCGGCUCGCCCGAGGCCCUGCUCGCCCUGCAGGAGCGCGUCCACGCCCACUUCCUGCGCGGCGGCGACGAUGCACCCGCCGCCGCGGACGCGCCUGGGGCCAGCUCUGGGGCGAAGGGGCCGGAGUACCCCAAGCGGUUCUUUGCUAGGGACUUUGCGGGGAAUCGGCUGGAGUUUACUGUCUAG